UGAGGCACACCGGCGUCAAAAAUUAAGAAGCUGGCGACAUUGCGUUAUAGCCUGCUGGUUUUGACGUAAAUAAUUGCAACAUCAAGGAAAACUCCGAUAUUUCUCAAGUUGAUAAUACACAAAGUCGCUCGCGAAAUGCCUGUUGGGACGCUGUCUUUGAAAGCGGACUCUGUUCCCAUUUUUUCACCCCCGUACCCGAAACCGCCAGAUCCAUACAGUUUUGCAAUCGAUACGAUGCUGUGCUUCACCUACCGUGUUGCCGCGUCUCGAGUUCGCCAUCUCGUCCCUAGCGUGCUAGAACUCGAGGAUGAGCCGCUCAUGUCAACCUCAGUUCUCGAUUAUGGAAUGAGUCCCGUGGGUUCAUACAAGGAAUUUGUCCAUCAAGUCGAGGUGACGUACAAGAAUGAAAAGUUCAUGUACAGUCUCAUCUUGAUUCUUGACAACGAAGCAGCCAUAUUCGCUGGACGCGAACAGUACGGCUUUCCUAAAGUCUUUGGCGAGGCCGACAUUGAAACGAAAAAUGGCACACGACUCGUUCAAGCCAACGCGCAGAGGCCAGCAGGGCGAACGGUCUUUGAAUGCGAAUUCAUACCCGACCGUCAAAUUCCUAGUUUGCCAACAUCAGAAAAAUGGACCCUUAAUCUUCGCAGUAUCCCACAGCCGUGUGCAGGAACAUCGCCUGCCAUCCAAGAGCUAAUUCCUUCAAAGAUGGACUGGAGGUUCACCGAGAUCUGGGAUGGUCAUGGCCAGAUUAUAUUUCCCCGACGCUCUGCGCUUGAUCCUUGGUGUGGAUUGGAUAUUGUACGAUACGAAACAAGCUUCUUUGCACGGGGUGUGAUUGGUGAGCUUCGAUGUCGUGGUGAGAGUUUUCAGGUUUAGAAAGCCGGGGAUCACUCUACAGUGGAAGUCAGUCGAAGCAGUUCUUACUACUUUACCCCAAGUACCUUAGACAUCGAUCUGCGAAUGUCAAGAUCUCGUAAAGACCUCACCUCGGAGCACCAGCAUCAGUCGUAGCAUAUGGAGAUU